AUGGAUGGGACAUAUAAUAACCCUUAUGCGCAAGGGCAGUCGCAAUCUCCAUUAUCUCCCCAAACGCCUGGAGGAUAUCAGGUCAACGUCAACCGUACCAAGACAAGGAAAUGGGUCCAAGCGCCGACUCAGAAUUACGAUGGUGACGACUGGGGCGCCGACGAGUUCGAGGAUGACGAGCCACCGCCGCCUCCCCCGGUUCCUCGAGUAACAACAGGUCUCCGACCGGUCGGACAACGAACCGAAUCAUUUGGACCCUCCCCAAGAUUAGCUGCCGCUGUCGCUUCCAGUUCUCGUAGCUCAAGCAACGCGCCUUCGCUACAGCUUCAGACGAACCAUCCGGAUGUGCCCAACCCAGGCCACCCAGAACAAUUCCAUAAUGUUUCGUCGCCGGUUUCAGGACGAACCGGAUCACCUGCUCCUUUGUCUUCAGGCCCUGGAUCUUCGAAGGCGCCCAGUUAUCAUCAACAGCCCGACGUACGAUCCUCUACCCCGCAGAGCACCGCAAGUUCCGCUGCUCGUGGUUCGCCUUCAAUCCGACCCGAUUUUCGCCAUAUAGAUGAUGAACGUAAAUUGGGCGGGUCGCCGUUGUCCAUCGCAGAGAAUAUCGCACCGAGACCCGAUGGCCGCUCUACACCCCCAGUCAAUGAACCGAACCAGCCAGGAUACGGUCGAGAAGAUGGCCCAGCGAUUGAUAAGGUCCAGAAGCAGCCAACGUUUGAUGCCAUUCUUGCGAAGCGUGAGGAGCUUGGUUUAGGAUCUCAGGGGUUGCACGAUCCCCCCACUUUGGAUAGCAUUGCUUCUCCAGAGCCUGCUAGUCACAAGGAAGAAGCUGUGAUUCAUUCGCCUGCAGACAUAGACAGGAAGCGAUUAUCUGUCAGCCCGCAGCUUCCCGAUGUUGCGCGUAUGUCAGUAUUUGGCGCUGAUUUUUUCUCCUCGGGAAGCAAGUCGAGCGCUGCUGCCUCUGCCCAAGACCCGACCAAGCAAGACCAACCUUCAGUUCCCAGCCAAGCAACUGAUAGCCCCGGAAAUCUCGCAACUUUGGAAGAGAAGCCCAGAGAGAGUGAAGACAAUACUAGCACUCCUGGACCUAACAGCAGUACCUCUCUUGCCCCUGCGAAUGACCCUCGAGCUGUUCCACCUCUGCGUACACCGAGCCCGAACUCAAAGGGACUCUUCCCAUCACCUAGAGAGCCUGCAUCAGCCACCGACUCCAAGAUUACACCCACAGAGCCUCUGCACCCUCGACAACCGGAUUACUCUCCAUCGAACUACGAGCCAAAUUCUGCUUUGACACAAGGAUCAUUGAACACAUUCAAUUCGUCGCCUGUUAAGGAAAGUGACGUCUUGAGUGAGGAAAUCAUGAGGUCCCUUAGCCCCAUUGCUCCAACACCAAGCUCUGCAGUGUCUCGACCUUUGCCUGAUAAUUCUCAGUCUUUGACACCAGGCGACCGAGGUGUCACUCGUAAUAGCAGUUAUACCCUUAGCGAUUAUGAUAGCUAUUGGGCCGAUUCAAACCAGAAACCCGGGCAAGAUUCAAAGAUUGAAGCAGAAGUCCAAGAGAAGCCCAAGACUGAGACCUCUCCAGUUCAUGAGCAGCAACAGCAACAGCAACCAAUUGUCCAACCACUUUCUAGCGUCGUGGUGUCUGCCGAAUCCCAGCCUACCACUCAACCAGAGUCACCAAAGUCUGAUUCACGGCGUAGAUUCUCUUGGGAGGCUGGUUUCGAUUCCCCACCAAAGAUUCUCCCUGUUGAGCCGCCCUCUGGUACUUUCAACAACGAAGCUCCUCGCCCAGCUUCUCCUUCACCUCUAGCACCAGUGGGAGUCCCAUCUCCGAAGGACGAGGCUUUAGAUGUUGCCAGCCAAACUAAAGAGUCACCUCAAAAUGUCGAGACUCCCAGAAUCGUCAUCCCACCUUCUGGUGGCAUUUCUCAUCAAGUUUCCAAAGCCAGCACGCUACCGCCAAGCCAGCAGCCAGCUACUUUGGAGCCUCCUUCUCCCGUCUCUAUCGAGAAUGACGAUGCUACUCCUCGUGCCGUUGACAAUCGUCGUCCAUCUGUUGCAGAGAAUAAAUCAUUGACCCAGGUACCUUCAAAUCUUACGUCAGCAUCGCCACCCCCAGAUAAGUCGACCAAAGCUCUUCCUCCCAGUCAGUUCCCUCAGACUACUCCAUGGCGCGAUAUUAUGAGCCUAGCAACACCCGUUCAAAGGACUCUCAAGUUUGAAGCGGGUUUAGCUACACACCAAGCGUGGGAGUCAGGUCUGGAGAACUGGCUGUCUAAUUUGAUGACCGAGCAUCCCGAAUACGCGAACGGAACUUCCUCCUUCUCCGGAGCUGGGGUGCCCACAAGUCAAAAGGGACACGCAUCAGGUCCCAGCCUUUCUCACAAUCAACAGCCGUAUUACCAGCAGUAUCUUAAUGCAAGCUCGCCUACGACAGGGCCACCACCAGGGCGAUCUCGACUUGGCGGAUCCGUGCCAUCCGGCACCAGCGGCUUCGGCAACUCGAGCAACCAGAUUGGAACCAAGGGCAAGGAAUUCAUGCAGUCUGCUGGAAAGAUGGGCAAGGGAUUGUUUAGCAAGGGAAAGAGCAAAUUGCGUGGAACUGGGGACAAGGGCGAACCAACAUCUCCGGUGCAAACAAAGUUCAAAGCUGAAAGACGCGCAUCGUGGGGUUUAGAUCGUCUCACAAGAUCCCGCGCUGAUGACUCCUCCGAGAAAGACGUCGUGAUCUCGAGGCCUUCGACCCAGUCGUAUCAUGCUCCCCAGUCCUCCCAAUCUUCUAGCAUGCUACAGUUUGGCUCUGUGCCAUCGACUGGCGAAUCAGGUAAGAGACUUGCUUCACGCGAGAGCUACGGGCCUCAGCUCUCACAAGAUCCAUCUGCUCCUGCUUCUACCUCUGCCUCUGCCUCUGCCUCGGCUUCUAUUUCCGCUCCCGCCAGUAAAGAAAAUGAUGAUAGAUCGCAAUGGUACAUUCCAACUCCCAUCGAUGAGUCUACUUGGGAUCCUUUCAAGGGAACAGACCUUGCCAAGGGUAAAGCUUCUGAGCAAUCAGGAGCCAUGUUUGCAAACCCAGGUCAUCCUCAGGAUGUUUCCAGCACCCAAAUGCCAUCCAGUAACCCAAUGUCUGGCGGGGCUACUCCUACGCCUGCCAGCGGCGGUAUUCGUAUGGUGCCUCCAGAGGACCCUGCUGGCCCAUCACCUCAAUCGACGUCUGUUUAUUCAUCAGUUAUCCAGGCCCCCAUGACAAAUGUACCUCAGUCUCAAACUACGACUCAGCCACACGAUCCCCCGGCUAUGGUUCAGCGUCAUUCCUCUUUUGUUGGACUACCUCCCAUCAGAAGAGGGUCGACUUUUGACGUAAACUCGAGAUCGACGGCGACUGAACAAAGGACCACACAGCCUAUCGCUGAGCAUGUUUCUGCUGAGCCGGAAGACUUCGAUGAGAUUGCUCGUCAGCAGGGAACACUGACAUCUGAGGUUACGGUCGGCUCUACAUUAGUUGGGACAGAUUCUAUCAUGGAAGAGAAGUUCAAGAAAGAUGCGGAUGGAUCAGAACCUCAAUCACCCCCUCCGCAACAAUCCCCACGCCACUCGCUGCAGCAAUCGCCUCCCAGGGGACCACAGCAUCCAUUCCAGAUGCACCCAGUCCAACCCGGGCCUAUGCCACCGCAAACUCAAGGAUAUCAGCCUCCGACGCUACCCUUGCUUCCACCUCAGCUUAUGGGUGGCAACCCCGUUCAAAGGCUUCCUCCGUCUGGUCCCUGGAAAUUGGAGGAAAGCCACUUGUCUGAACCUCUUCACCGCGUUACUCCUAAGCCUCAGGCAGUCCCACCAUCGGGCCAAUGGAAGUUGGAAGAAAGUCACUUGGCUGAACCCCUUCAUAUGGUUAACAGAAAUCGAGCGGGCACGAAUGCCUCACAGGUUUCACAGGUCUCGCAGCGUUCACAACGUUCACAGCAGUCCCAACAUGAUCCUUUCUACGGCUAUAACAAAGAAACUGGAGAUGUUUCCCCUUCUCCAUCCUCGACUUCUACGGCUAAUAGGCAUCAUCAACGGCAAAAACCUUCAGAAGUGCCACCUUCAUCGGCCAAUCGUUACCCUGGCCUCUUCCCUGGUCAUCAACGACAGCCGAGCGGUUCUAAAGAUGUUCACCCUGGCCCUGGAUCUCAGUUCAUCAGACGCUUUUCUCAGGAGGGCAUCACCAGGACUGGGACGAGCGACACUACUAACGAAGACAGGGGACGUUCUAAAAAGGCCUCAGCAUUGUUGAAGGACAUUGGACAUCGGUUCAGGAAGAGCUCGACUGAGCGACGAAGCACGCCUGUGGAUCACCAUGGUCAGCAGUUCCAUCCUCCGCAACAACAGCAGCAACUCCACCCACCGCACGCUGACGUCCAUCAUGAUGCGGCUUCCGUCUCAAGUAUGACGACGGACGGAACACAUGACAAGAAGAAGUCGAGAGCCAGUUUCAUGUUAGGCCUGAGGAGUAAGCAGAGCCGAGAACGGCUUUCGAUGCCUCCCCCUCUACGCCCAGAUGACAACAGGCCCGCGACAUCGACGGAAGAGAGAAGGGGAUCUCGGCUCAACCCUGACUUCGAUCCUGCUUCAGGUCAGUAUCGCCCUGCAGGUCCCCCACGCGCAGCUACUUCGAACUUGGCCAACGAGAUGAGCCAAUCUGCUACUCCUCCGUCAAAGAAGCGAUUCUCUGCAUUCAAUACCAAGGCUGCUAUGACGAAUGUCUUCAAUCGGCCAAGCAGUGGUACAUCCUCGAAGCCUGGUACACCCACCUCCUCAAGGCCGAUCUCAAGUCACCUGGGAGCUCAGCAACCAGUUUCCCUGGAGCGCCCUCCUCAUCCAGACUUUGAGCGAAGUAGCACUGCUGGCCCUACCUUCAACCAGAUCCUUCCGACUCCAACAGGUACGCCGCCUGUUGAUGCUAAUGAGCGCCGCAAGAGACGAGGCUCGGCUGCUGGACUGAUCUCCGGCCUUUUGGGACACGUCCACAAGAGCAAGGAGUCCCAACAGGCUAUGUCAUUCCAGAUACAACAGCCUUAUGAUCGCCGCGCUUCUGGUUCCCAGCUUGGUACCCCUCACCCGCCGUCCCUGCAGACACAAGGGCGAAGACCUUCGGGGCCCCAACUGACCAGCCCUGUAUUUCCAGGGGGGGAGCUUGGGAGCCCCCAAGGCACUGCACCGCCAUUGGCUAGUCCCCAACCUCAGAGACCUCAUCAAUUUGGUGACCGGCAGUCAAUAUCUAGGGAACAAUCCCCGAUGUCAUCUGCCCGACCUCUAUCUGGUGGGAUAAGAGAUAACCAGCACGCUCAAGCUGCCUACCGCAACUCACGUCCAUCACCUCUGGGCUUUGGCUCUUCCACACCGGCAGGAACCCCUCCUAUCGGAUCUGCGACUGAUCCCAGCCGCCAUGGGACUCCACAGACACCUUUCAGCGUGGGACAGGGCUUUCCGGACGCGCGAGCUGGAAGAAUGCGAUCGAUCUCACCAGCUGCGUCCGCAAUCCGAAGUGCCCCAACAACCCAGAGCUCCUUCAACGUUCCAAGCACGGCUUCAACCACUCAGCCGUCAUUCCACCAUGCGUCACAAUCUUCGCAAUCGCUUGACAAGCUCGCACAUGCAAAGCAGGAGGGAACUCGGAUCCAACGACCAGUCACAGACUCUCCAAACAUGUCCUUCAGACAUGAGAAUAGGGCUAGCCAUGGUGCAUCAGAUAAUGACAUGCCCUUAUCUCCAGUGUCGCAAAUGUCCAAGACGGGCCCGCCGUCUGUAUCGUCGAUGGCUACUCAGAGUCCUCGUCUGAAUAUCACUACUCUGGCUGCUGGGAGACGACAGUCCUCCCAGCUUUCACAGCCUAACACGCCUGUUGUAUCUGCAGUGUCUACUUCUCCACAACAUCAGACCUUUGCCAACAGGAUGGGAGUCUCACCACCACAGCAACAACAGCAGUUUCCUUCUGGAUUCCAGCAACAGCCUGUGAAUGCUGAGCAACAGGCACAGCAUCAGGUGAACCCUCAGCAUGGUGGCUACCAGAUUACUCCAGGUCAACAGUACGAGCCCAAUCUCCGCCAGCCAUCUGCCGGUCAGCCUUUGCCAGGCUCACACCCACAAGCCACUUCUCCUGGCCGUCCACCUAUGCAGAUGCAGCACUCUGGUUCAGGUCCUCCAGUCCCCCCAAAGGACGGCUCGGGUGCUUUCCAGCAACCUCAGAUUGCCAAUCAACCAGCUCGCCAAGCAAGUCCGGGAGCUUCGAAGUGGAAGGGUUUGAGGAACCGCAUGUCGGCACAGGUCUCAAACAAGCCAGCAGCGAGUCAAGGAAAGGGCGAGAACGACAAGCUGACUGCAAGCAAGAUCCUUGGGGCAUUUAAACGAGGUUCCAAGGAGAAUCGGCAGUCAAUGGUCAUUCCCGAUCUGCAGGCUUAUCAGAACCAUGAGAUGCGGCCUGUGCAGCGACAACAGCAGCCCCAGCAGCAAUUUGCUGGUCAAGUUCCGCAUGGACAGACCCAGUCUCCUCGACCAUCCUCGCAGGUCAGCGGCCAACCUUUCGGACAAGUGCCAACUGCUCGCCCGUCAUCUCAGUUCAGCAACCAGAGCAUGGGACAAGCGCAGACCAAGCGCUACUCAUCAAUGUUUACCAGCCCAAUUAUGCCACAGCAAGAGUUCCGAAGUCCUUCGGGGGCGUUCGCUUCAGGUCCCCAAGGAAUGAGCCAGCCACAGCCUGGUCAUCCGUAUCAGUCUCCUCCUCAGAUGCAGGGCCAGUUCCCGCCGACACAGUCGCCACAGGCUCAAUACCAUUCCCCGCCCCAGCCCCACGGUCAAUUCCAGUCUCCUGUCCAACAGCAGGAUCACUUCCAAUCACCUCCUCAACCGCAAGGCCAGUUCGUGCCUCCACCCAUGCAACAAGGCCAAUUCACGUCCCCCAUACAGCAGCAAGGUCGAUUCCAGUCUCCCGCGCAGCAACAGGGCCAAUUCCCAUCCCCCCCACAGCCCCCGGGUCAAUGGCAGCCUCAGAUGCCUUCCCCCGCUGGACAAUUCCCACCAUCUCAACAAAGACAGGCUUCUUAUCCUGGCCAAUGGCACGGCGGGACCAUUGGUCAAAGCCCAAAUACGCCCUCGUCAUAUAGAAGUCCUCAGCACUCUCAGUUCUCAUCGCAACCCCAAAGCCCGCAAUAUGGGUUCGCGACAGGACAAAAUGUUCAUGGGGAGGAAUCGCCCCCUGUCCAUGUGUCAACGCCUACUCAGGUUCACUCUCCUACACCAGUUCACGCCCCGUCGCCUCGUCCUUCACUGUUGAAUCUGCAAGCUAUGGUUGCUGCCAACCCUGAACACGACCACGCUCAGGAAGGAGAGCGUGAGCACUUAGAUGCUGCUCCUCGAAAUGAUCCCAAUGCAACUCAUCAGGGAACCUCCAAUAUGCAGAGGUUCAACAGCGACAGUCCUCAUAGUGGCAGAACCAGCGGGAGCCCUAGAGUCGGUGGAAACCCUCCAUCAACGCAACACGUUUCUCCAAGAGUAGGCACAGAGCAGAAUGGUAGCUCAAAGUCCCGGGCUCCUAGUCUUCCCAUGCCUGUGCUUGCUGGGGGCGAUUUCAUGGGAGGCCAUGCUGCGCCGGGUACCAGUUCACAAUUCUCACCCAAAGCAGAGGAGUCUCAGGGCGUGUCGCUCAGUCCCCCAUCUGGUGCACCGGGCAGUGUCAGCCCCAACUCUACGAGGCAGUCUCCAUCAGGUGGUAGUGAUCUCGGCCCUCCUGAGCCAAAGAGCAGGGGAGGCACAUCGUUCCACGCUGAGCUCGAGGAUACUGAGGAUGCCCGGAAGCGCACAUUGCGAAUUGAUUCGCAAGAAGAGAAGAUUCACUACGAUCCCAAUGCUGACUCAGAUGGAGAGGUUCCUCCUCAAAUGAGUGCGACUAGUUAUCCUGGACAAGAGUGGAAUCCCUACGGCAUGCCCGAGAUGGGUGACUGGAACGAGGCGACGGACCGCUAA